AUGGAAAGAAGAAGGAGACACAACGAGGAGGAACAAAAGAACGGGCAACCGGUGGGAGAAGAAGAAAGAAAGGAGAGAAGAGAAAACAGUGUUCUUUGGAUCGGAGCUGAGGAAAGAAGUUACAGUGCAUGUAAAGUGAAGGAGCUAAAAGAAGAGCUGAGAGAGGUGAAGGGAAGUAUGGCAGCAUGGAGAACAAAGGAGGAAAAGGAAAGGGAGAAGUUUAAAGGAAAAGGAAAAGGCGAAGGAGAGAGCAUGAAAGAAUCGGAGGUGGGUGGAGUCGGAAACGAGAAAAGGAGGGCGAUGGAGAGUAAGGAGGAAGGCGGGGAUGAGGUGGCAAGUGAAAGAAGAGCGGAGGGAAGAGGCGAAAAAGUGAAACAGGAAUGCGAAGUGGAUUGGAUGAAGAUGAUGAAGGAAGAGAGAAAAGAGGAGGAAAAAAGAGGAUGGGACUACAGGAGAAGAGAGAAGAGAACAAUGGAAGAGAAAUAG